CGCGCCCCCGGCGAAAUGGAGGCCGCGGCGGCGCGCAAGGAGUGGCGCGCCGUCCCCGACGCCCCGCUCCGCUCCAAUGGCGCCGAGGAUGCUGGAGAGCGCGCGAAGAUGGGGCAGUCCGACGGCAGGGCCAUCUACGAGGACGAGACGGGAGGGCUCGAGGACUUCUGCUCGAUCACCAUCGACGGGAGCGGCGGGCUCAGCGACGACAUCCUGCAGCAGCGCCUGCAGAGCAUCAUGCGCCAGCGCGAGGAGCUGCAGCAGGUCGAGAUCGACCUCCGCGCGCAGGCCAUCGCACACCCGCAGAUCAUCGACCUGCAGCGCAGGUUCGGGGAGGCUACCAAGGAGCAUGUCGUGGCAGCUGAAAAGCUCAAGGAACAACUGCAUGAACGGGAGAAGUACAUUCUUGAGCUGGAAAUGAAAUUGGAUGCUACACACAGGGAAUUGGAUGCUUUGAAGAUUGACCAUCAAACGGUGUGGGCAAAUCAGGAUCUUCUGAGAGAACAGACCAAGGAACUCGCAAGUUUCAGAAGGGAUCGUGAUAAUAUUGAAGCUGAAAGAGCCCAGCAUCUUAAACAAAUUCAUGAUCUUCAAGAACAUAGUCGAGAAAAGGAAAGCCAGUGUCUUGCAUUAGAGGAACAGCAUAGGGUUGCUCAGGACAACAUUCUUUACAAAGAUGAACAGUUGAGGGAUGCUCAUGCUUGGAUUGCACGAGUUCAAGAAAUGGAUAUUUUACAGUCUCAAACACUGCAAUCUGAGUUGCGCGAGCGUACUGAUCAAUUUGGUCAAUGUUGGGCCACUUUCCAGCAACAGUAUAUUGAAAUGCAGCAGAGUUUUCUGCAUACAAUACAACGACUCCAGCUAGAACUAUUUGAGUUAAGAGACCGUAGUGGAGAACAAGAAGAUGGUUCACAAGCUCCUCAAGAGGGUUCAGGUGAAUCGUCAUAUGUUCAAAGCAAGGGGAGCAACAUGGACCCAAAUGGUAGUGCAUUAGCAGAUGGCAGUCAGUCUGCAAAUGUCUUCCCAAAGGGAUAUAAUGCCCAUCCUUUACCUGCUGUUCCAUCGCCUCUACUGGGAGUAGGUGGUUUUGUUCCUCCUGGGCAGAUGGCAGGGAUGCAUUCCUAUAUGCUGCAUCCUCAAGGUAUUCCUCAGUCUUUAGCGUCACCAAACUCUGGUAUUCCUCAGUUUGGUACUUUUCAGCCUACAAUCCAACCGAGCCUACACUGGCCCAAUCAACAGGAAGCACAAACAGCCUCACAAACACCAGAUGCAACGAAUUAUCAGCCAUCACAAUCAGAUCAGAAUGCAAUACAGCAAGCUGCUAGUAACAAUGCUGACCUCUCUUCUAAGCAGAGUCAGGUAACCCAUCCAGAACAUCUUGCAGCUCAUGUGGAGCAACAACAACGUUCAAUAAGUGUGGUUGCUGAAUCAACUCAUGAACCAAAGGUUAUGGAAUCCAAUGUUACUGAAGAUUUAGUUUAUAAUGAAGAGCAAAAAGCCCAAGAUUCAUCUUCGAAUGCCAGCUCUACUGGAAAGUUUGAACACCUAGAGGAAAAAGUGGAAUUAAAGGGUGAGAAAGUUGCAUCUGGCAAGCAGUCUGUGGAGCAGUUACCUAGAAAGCAGAAUCAAGCUUCCGAUUUUGCUGGAUCAACUACCCAGAUCCACUCGAACAAUGUGAUGAUACCUGAGUUGAAGUCUAAUGUUGCGAAUCAGGCUGUCACACAUACAUCUGCUGGUGGUGGUGCUGGUUCACCUUUACCUUACGCACCAAAGGAGCCUGCCCUUCUAGAUGAAAGAUCCCUUCUAGCUUGCAUUGUUCGUGCAGUUCCUGCUGGAUCUGAUAACCGAAUCCGGAUAAGUUCAACUCUGCCAAAUAGGCUUGGAAAAAUUUUGGCCCCUCUUCAUUGGCAUGACUAUAAGAGGCAAUAUGGGAAGCUAGAUGAUUUUGUGGCUAGUCAUAACGAGCUUUUUGUGAUUGAGGGGGACUUCAUUCACCUUCGUGAAGGAGCACAACAGAUAAUUUCGGCUACAACAGCUGCUGCUAAAAUUGCUGCUGCGGCAGCUGCAUCUGCUUCUCACUCGGCAUUAUUGCCUUCAGUUGCUGUCACUCCUGUGGCACAAAUAACUCGGCAAAAGAGAGGGCCUGUUGGUGAUUCCAGAACUGCAAAUUCAAUGCCAUCAGGAAAUGGCACUACUACAGCCAGAUUUGGAGAUCAACACCAAGCAAAUGGCCUUUCUGAUGAAGUUCGUGCUGGGCAGUCAUCGAGGCACAUGACUGCUGCCAAUGGGGGAAGGCAUGACAAAGGCCCAAGACAUGGUUAUGGAGGAAAGCAACAGGGCAGAUCUGCAGGGCUUGAAUCCAAUUCGAGAAGAUAAGUAGGUGGCUUGUACUCAGCUCUGGUUGGUUCAACGGUGGUUGAUAAUCAUGUCAAGUGGAUGUGUUCGGUUUCAAAUGGGCGGAGGCGAAAGAUGACCAGAAUUCAUAUUCCAAAUUUAGUUCUGCACCAUUGCUAUUUUUUUUGCAGUGCCUGAAAUGGGCCUUAUUUUGGCAAAAUGAGUCGUCCUGAAAUCCUAGUCUAGAUUCAGAACAGUACUGAGGAAUCUUUCUGUGCUUGCAUGAUGUGGUGCGCACUUGAAUUGGUAUCAUCUGAUGCCCUUGGCAUGGUACUUCCAUCUCAUUUAUGUGCCGAACUUGGAAUGCUUAGCUUGUUCUCUUGAUCA